GCGGUAUUUCAGGGUCACAUUAUUUAUUGCCCAAAAGCAUUUGUCAAAGAAAAAAUCGAGAAAUUUUAGGAGAAAAACUUUCUAACUAGAAAAUAAAGAUGUCGCUGCCCCCUUGGAAGAAGGACCACCCCUGGAUGUGGCUGAGCCAACUUAAUCAAAAUGGACCUGCCCUAACAUUGCGUCAUUACAAGCGCAAGCCCGCCUUCCGGCCAAAGGCCCCGGAACCCAAAUCCUCCCCAAGUCUCCGGGAGGACCCGGGGAAGUCCAAGUUCGAGGCCACUCGCGGCAAGCUGAUGCACCUGCUGCAGCGCUUCGAUGAGGUGGACUCCAUUAUCGAGGGUUCCCGCCGCAGGAUCAAUCCCUUCCAGCCGGUGGCCUUGAUAGAACUGGAGUACGCGGACAUCGAGCGUCAGAUGAAGAAGGGAUUAUACGGAUGGUCGGAGUAUGACUUCGAGAAGAGCGAUGAGGUUUCCAAUCUGGAGUAAGCCGUGGAGAACCAGAAGCAGGAGGACUAGCAGGGAUCCGAUGACUAUAGAGGAGGAACCUCACAUACACAAUCAAUCCUUCCUUUAUCCUUCAAUAAAACAAUUAAAACAAAGCGUCAACAAAUAUGUGAAUAAUAACUAUUUGGUAAACAGACUACCUUAAAAAUACACAACAUUAAAACAAUUAUAAUUAAACAUAACGAAUAUGUGAGAUAGAUAUACAUUUUUUUCUAAAAAACGCCAUUAUACAAAAUACUAAAGCAAAUAUUUGCAUAAAUAACUAUUAAAAUGAUGGCUCUUAAGAAUACAAAAAA